AUGGUUGUGCUUGGGCAUUACGAAAGAGUGCAAUUAUUGCUUGAAACCAGCGAUGGUCGCUUGAUCUUUAAGGAAUUCCUUAUUUCAGCUCCUGUACCUGCAUCUUGCUUGGCUUUUGAACGAUCCUUGUUGGUCAGCCUGAAAAACCAAGUCCAUUCUAUCGAAUCCCUUAUACCGGUCAACAAGAACCAGACAACAUUGCUGAAAUCGACCGGCGGCAUACACAAUUCUCAAUUGAUACAUGCAUCAUGUGACUUUGGGACAAGGAUUGAGGCCAAACAUGACCCUGAGCUUCUUGAGCAGACGAUUUCAACUAUUAUGGGUGAGCUUUCCGAUUAUGAAAGGCCAAAAAGGAAGUGGAUGGUCAUGUCGAGCUUUUGA